CUUCUGUCUAAGAACUAGCUGAGGCUCAGCCUCCCAUCCCCCUUAACCAGAAGCUCCGAUUGUCGGAAAAUUUCCGAUUCCGUUAAUUUGCUUCGGGUUGAGGUUGGAGAUUUGUUUUUGAUUUCCAUGGCGUCCACGAGGAAAGAUGUGGAUCGGAUAAAAGGUCCAUGGAGUCCUGAAGAGGACGAAGCGUUACAGAGACUGGUCCAGAACUACGGGCCGAGAAACUGGUCUCUGAUCAGCAAGUCGAUCCCCGGUCGAUCCGGUAAGUCUUGCCGGCUACGUUGGUGCAACCAGCUUUCGCCUGAGGUGGAGCACCGACCUUUCACUCCGGAGGAGGACGAGACGAUCAUCAGGGCCCACUCUAGAUUCGGAAACAAGUGGGCUACCAUCGCUCGCCUCCUCAAUGGUCGCACCGAUAACGCCAUCAAGAACCACUGGAACUCCACCCUCAAGCGCAAGUGCUCGUCCAUGACCGAAGAUUUAAGCGACGACGCGCAUGCGCAGCAGCCGCUUAAGAGAUCAGCUAGCGUCGGUGCUGGUUCUGGUACUGGAACGGGCACGGGCGCCGCCUUCUCUGGCCUUUACCUGAACCCGAGUAGCCCAUCGGGAUCCGACUUGAGCGAUUCGAGUUUGCCCGGAAUGUCGCCAUCCCGAGUCUACAGACCGCUCGCGAGAACUGGCUCUCUAGCUUUGCCAACUCAGCCACUCGACACCUCGUCUUCAAAUACGGAUCCUCCAACUUCUCUGAGUCUAUCUCUGCCCGGAUCCGAUUUGUUUGAUGUCUCGAACCAGGCUAUCGGAUCCAAUCAGUCCGGGAGUCCCACUCAAGUAGUACAGCAAUUGGUGCCGCCGCUACCCCCACCUCCACCUGUGCAUGUGGCGCAACAAGCUCCGGUGGCAGGGCAGAAUGGAUACGAGAAGCAGUUUUUCAGCGCGGAGUUCUUGGCGGUGAUGCAGGAAAUGAUCAGAAAGGAGGUGAGAAAUUACAUGUCUGGGAUUGAACAGAAGGGACUGUGUAAUAUGCAGACAGACGCCAUUAGGAACGCCGUGGUGAAACGGAUUGGGUUUAGCAAGAUCGAGUAGCCAAGCAGACCUACUAGUCUUUAGUUAUUGGAAAUGAGUCCCAACCAUCAAGGAACUUGGUUUGGGAGAAGAACGAAGCAAUCCUAGCCCUUUUUUUUUUUUUUGCCCUUUUUUGUUCAAAUUUUAAGUUUCUUUCUUUUCCUUCUGGGUUAGAAUAGAAAAUAAUUUUGUUAGUGUACAGUGGAAAAAAUGGGGUUUGAUGAAAGGGAGUGGGGGGUUAAAAUCCUGAGAAAGAUGUUAUAAAAACGAGAAAAAAACAGAGAAUUUGAUCUUCCAACGAACUGUUAUUGGCUAUUUUCAUUGAACAACGAGAAGGAAAGGCGUGGAAGGAAAUU